GAAUACAAUCCCAGGUCGUCAGCAGCUUUCGGCAAUGUCACAUGCUUUGUCAUAUGACACUACUGACAGCGUGACUACAUGACUAUAGAUAAUAUAAUCUUGUUAAAUGAUGUCGUGAAAGUCACAUGGCCUUAUGGAAGACACGGGUAUAAAAGCCAUCGCAAACCUCGAACCAAAGAUCUCCCACGUUAAAUCACUUUCCGUUCACCAUGAGGGUUUUAGCCGUCCUUUCCAUCCUGGCCGUCGGCCUGGUCGUCUGCGAGGCCGUCAGGAAGAACUGGGUCCUGCUCAUAGCCGGCUCCGCGGGGUACGAUAACUACCGGCACCAGGCGGACAUCUGCCACGCCUACCAGAUCGUGCACAAGGCUGGGGUCCCGGACGAGCAGAUCGUCGUGAUGAUGUACGACGACAUCGCCAACAACAAGGAGAACCCCGUCAAGGGAAACGUCAUCAACCGACCCAAGGGCCCCAACGUCUACCCCGGCGUGCUGAAGGACUACACGGGGAGGAACGUCAAUGCCAAGACUUUCCUCGCCGUGCUGCAAGGCGAUAAGGUGAGUCUAGGGCAGAAUGGCUUGUUUAUUUGGGAAAUUCUUACAUGGUGAGUCAGAAAAUUAAUUGUUAAGUUAAUAUUAAUGCUGCUUUUUUUUUUUAAAGCAGUUAUUUUAUUUCAUUUGAUUUGAAGAAUUCCGUAUCCGGAAAUUUGAUCGAAAGAAAUUUCACGGACGGAAAACUGCUCGAAUUUGAAGAAAAUUUUAACGUAUGAACUGAAAAAAAAAGGAUUCUUGACCGAAUAGCCGUUCGUUCAAAUUUCCGUCGAUCAAUUUUCCGUCGACGAAAUUUCUUUCGAUCAAAUUUCCGGUAGCCCAUUAGAUUUGAAGAAUUCAUGCCUUGCAUUGAUCAAAUUGAUUUUGACUUAGUUAAAUAAUUACAUUUCUCGAAUAGAGACUUCAAGAACGUGCAGAGAACAUGUUCUUAAUGAUGUCAUCAUUCACACUAUGGGGCCCACAAGCACACCAAAUACACCGUAACACUAAUUAACCCUUCGUUGCUUAGCUUGUUAAGUAAUUAGCUGUUUAAAGGAUACAUCCAGAAAAAUCUUCCAGUUUCAAUAAUGUGAUGGCAAUUACAAUUCAACGGACACAUUUCUUUUUAAAACAAUAAUAAAUCUUAGAUGAUCAUUUAAUAAUGGGAAGGCCACACCAGUUCACUACAUAAUUUGUUAAUAAAAUAUAACUGAAUGCCCUAUUUCAUUUCGAAUUGAAAGCACUGGAUCACUGCCUUCAAGUAAUUACAAGUGCAGACACGUGUUCUGCCACACGAUGGCAAACGGAGAUCCAAUUACGCAGAAAUGUUUAACUGUUUCCGGUGACACUAUAUGUGACACAUUAAUUUUCAUCAACCCGCCUCGGGAUUUUCAAAAUUCUAACCAUAUUAACGAUCUGACCUUUACACAGGAAGCUGUCCGUCAGCUGACAGGUAAAGACGGUAAGGUGAUAGAGUCCGGCCCUGAGGAUUACAUCUUCGUCAACUUCGCUGACCACGGCGCCCCGGGUAUUCUCGGGAUGCCCACCGAGCCCUACCUCAAAGCCCGCGCCCUGAACACCGCCCUGAAGAGCAUGCACCAGAAAAAGAAGUUCGCCAAGCUCGUCUUCUACGUGGAGGCGUGCGAGUCGGGGUCAGUCUUCAACAAACUGCUGCCAAAAGACAUCAACGUGUACGCCACCACUGCAGCCAACCCCACAGAGUCCAGCUGGGGAUGCUACUGGGACGAGGCCAGGAGCACCUACCUGGGGGAUACUUACAGGUGAUUACAGUUUGAGGGAAGUUUUCUUAACUCUUACAUAAAUUAUGUGAAUAUAAUCCAAUGUUGCCGAUUAACUCUAUUACUAAACUCUACAUUAACUCUAUCAAUGACCUUUACAUUAACUCCAUCUCUAAUCUUUACACUAAAUCUAUCUCUAAUCUUUACACUAACUCUAUCAAUGAUCUUUACAGUGUCAAAUGGAUGGAGGACACCGAUGCUGCAGAUCUCAGCAAGGAGACCUUCGAACAACAAUACAAGAAGGUCAAGGUCGAAACCAACCAAAGUCACGUGGAACAGUAUGGUGACCUAUCCAUUGACACGUUUACGCUGAACAAAUUUUUUGGCAACGACAAAGAGGUAGCAUGCUUUUCAAAUAACUGACUGAAGAAAAUGUUCAGUUUUUGCCAUUUCCCCAACAUAAACUGUUCCCUUUAUUUAAAUACUUGUAACUUACGAAUAACUUUGUCGAACUCUUGCUAAAUUUUACUCUAAUACACCUACUACAAUUAUGCAUAAGUUCAAAUAUAAAACACACCAUAUCUGUAUGAUCCAAAUGUAAUGAUAGCUAUUUGUGAUACUUCUUCUUAUACUUUAAAAUUGUGGACAGCCACGUAAAUGUUUCUAGACGGCUUAAAGUGUACUUAUUGAACACGCUUAAUGCCAAGACGCUGAUCGAAACCGUUUGUCCGCUUGACUUUUCAGUACAUCAAGAUGAACACCAGCGUUGAGGUGGUUGAACCCAUGGAUCCCACAGACCAGGUUCCCAGCGAGCUCGUGACACUAAGAACUUUGGAGAAGCGCCUGGAGAAGGCAGCCUUUAACUCCCUGGAGAGGUCCGAACUCGAGACCAGACUGACCAAGCUGAAGACGCUCAUGUCGCAGACCCACCAGCUCAUCUGGAACAUCAUAAAAACAGUUUACAGGUGAAUGACUUUAUCGAGCUGUGGUGAGCUGCAUGGAAAUCAUCAAGACUGUAGUAAUUUGGUGAAAUACUUAAAACAGAAAACAUUGACUGACCCACUAACACUGAUUGACAUUGACUGACCCACUAACACAGGCUGACAUUGUUUGACCCACUUACACAGGCUGACAUAGACUGUCCCACUAACACAGGCAAACAUUGACUGACCCACUAAUACGGGCUGACACUGUUGACUUGCAAUGGUAACAAAGAUACACUAUCACUAAUACAAAUAUUUAAAACACUUCUUACCUAAGUAAAAAAAAAAAAAUUCUGUUUGCAUUAAAUUGCAAAUUAUCCACAAAGCCCCAUUUCUAAUUUUAACAUCACCUUGCCAGUUCAUCAGCCAUGUUAACUUUGAAUAAAGUAGAGGGGAAAUAUGGAAGAGCUAUUGAACUAAAACUUUUUCCUUAUAUUAAAUUUUGGCACACUUGUUAACAAAUGUAACAUCAUUAAGUCAUCUGGGUUAAGUCCGUCGGAAUGCGAUAUCGGCCAACAUUCGAAUUGGGUUGAGUUUAUUUUAUGUGAUGGGCCUGGUUUUAUAAUGUGAGAACAGGCAGCUCGCAUCCUAGCCAUUAUUAUCAUUAGCUCAUCUCACCCAUCUCAAAUGAUGCUACUUGGCAAUGUCUUAGAUCAGUGCUUCUCAACCUUUUUAAUGUCGCGACCCUUUAAUACAGUUCCUCAUGUUGUGGCGAUCCCCAGCCACAAAAUUAUUUUCGUUGCUGCUUCAUAACUCUAGAGGACAUGUGUUUUCCGAUAGUCUUAGGUGACCCUUGGGAAAGGGUCGUACGACCCCCUAAGGGGUCGCAACCCACAGGUUGAGAACCGCUGUCUUAGAUAAAGUGUUUAUUACGUAUUACAUUAAUCCACGUGCCCCCUCCUCCUCUCGCCCAAUACAUUGCUAACCAUAAGUAUUUGUGUUCCCAACUCUACUAGCGAUGUUCCCGAGAAUCAAGUGUACAGCCUGGUUCUGAGGCAACACGAGGAGAUUGAGGACUGGGACUGCUACGAGGCGGCGGUGGACACACUCCUCUCCCUCUGCCCCGGGCUGGACAUCACAACCAACGACUUCGCCCUCAGGAAGUUCUUCACGCUGGUGAACGCCUGCAAUCACAACCCGCAACGUAAAGUUCUGUCAGCCAUCGAGGCCGCCACGUUCAGUAGCCCCCUGUGUCGUGUUGAGAACUAACCACGACACCAAGAUGCCCCUAUGGCUGACAAGACGUUGUUGUCAAUGUCGUUGCAGUUUUCUUUCUUACCAAAUAGAGAAAGUAAACCGAUUUUAAGUCGUUAUAAAACCUAAUAUAUUUGUGAGAAAAAAAAAUAUUGAAGGGUGACUUUAACAUUUAGAGUAAGUAAAACACUCACAUUAUUUAAAAAUUUUUUUUUUUUUUUGGUUUGGAUUAAGAAGGUAAGGUUUAUCAGAUUGUUCAAUGCAGGGACGUCUAUCUCUCCCCAUCCCCGCUGUGUAGACGCCCCUGGUUAAAUGAGUGCUAGAUCUUCAAGUCUGGCUUACGUUUCCCUGUUUUUCACAGCUUUAAAUUAUAUCAAAAAUCAAAAGAGCAUCAAUUUAUUAGAGGAGUUAUGUUAUCGGCUGUAGACGAGCCAGGAAUCCCCUUGACGCUGCAUGAAAAUGAUUGUGUUAUUGCUCCAUGGAAUGCCUUGUUGCACAAGAAGAAUGGCUGGAUGUACAUGACGGGAGUGAACGGAAUUUUUACUAGUAUUAUGUCAUUUUAAUAUCGAUAAAAUAUUUUGAAAAAAAAUAUAUGAGCAUCUUUGUAUUUCUGAUUUCUUCUACCUAUUUAAAGAACAACAAACUACAAUUUUUUGUUGUUACUGUUGUUGUAAUGCAAAUCCGCUUAUUGUAAACGAAAAGGCUCAACAACGUGCCUUUAAACAAUGUUUAAUAUCUACGCAAUCCCACGAGCCCUGACUCCCCGAGUGACGAUGUCUGUCGCCGCGUAAGUCCAUCUUCACCGUACGGGGGCCGGCACACGGGGAGGACAUUCCUUUCACUUGAAUCAACCCGGUGUCAGAUACAUUCACAACUGGGUCUCCAGAUCAACUGGACGACCUUUUUUUUCUUUUUUUAACAGUUUUUUUCCUUCGACAUCUGAUUGCUUACCACUGUGACAUAGAGACCGGCCACGUGACAAGUCUCCAUUACCGUGGCGUGGAAACGAUCUAUGUGUCAAUACUUUCUUUGUGACACAGAAUAUAUCUAUUUGACUAGUCAUCACCACUGUGGCUGGUAAAUAUCACUGUUACCUAUUAGAGACCGACCGAAAGUGAUUUUCUGAUUUCGGCCGAAGCCGAAAAUUGGCCGAAAGUUUAAAAUGACUUUCGGCCGAAACCGAAAAAAGGCCGAAGGUUUAAAAAUGAUUUUCGGCCGAAACCGAAAAAGGGCCGAAUAUUAAAAAUGAAUUUCGGCCGAAACCGAAGCCGAAGCCGAAACCGAAAAUGUAAUAUUAAGUUAUUUUGAAAUUCGAUCUCGCAUACAUCUGCAUACAUCGAAAAUGAUGAGGGAAAGUAUAAAUAUUUACAUUCUUUUUAUAAAAAAUGAGAUAAUCGUGAAUAUUAAUAAAUAAACAUCUAAAAUAGGGGUCUCAAACUCGCGGCCCGCAAGCCAUUUGUGACCCGCAAGACGAUAUUUU